AUGUUAUAUUUUCCAACGAUUAUUUCUGUUCUUGAAGUAUUGGCUGUUACUGUACCUGUUUUACUAACAGUAGCUUUUGUAACUAUAGCUGAGAGAAAAACAAUGGCUAGUAUGCAAAGAAGAUUGGGACCUAAUGCAAAAAGCAUAACAUUUGCCGACGCUCUUAAACUUUUAUUAAAAGAGUAUGUUUCUCCUACACAAGCCAAUAUAGUAUUAUUUUUCCUUGUAAUACCUUAG